GCAAGAUCAAGCAUAAGAAGAUAGCCCAUCUUAUAAUCAGUAAGAGGUGCUGUCAGCAGUAAGUGAGGAAAUUUGGGACAGGCACCUUGAGAAAGUCGGACCAAAUAGCAGGAAGGUAUUGCAGCAAGAUGGAUUUGGGAAAGAACCAAUCUCGUUUGACACUGCAUCAGACACCUGAUUCUCACCAAGAAAACUACGUUCCAGAAGUGAUUGGAACUUGGAGUUUGCGAAACAGAGAGCAGCUCAGGAAAAGAAAAGCUGAAGCACAAGAAAAGCAAACUUCACAAUGGCAAUUUGGAGAGAAAAAAUACAAGCGGCAGAGAACAGGAAAAGGAAAUCAAAGAGGCAGAAAGAACCAGCAAAAUACAGAACUAAAGGUAGAGCCUCAGUCACAAUUAGAAAAGGAAAUGAUGGAGAAUGCACUGGCACCUACAGAGAAAGAAAACAAAUCACCUAGGAGUGUAACUGAAGCUCUCCCUUCAGUAUCCUCCCCAAAGAGAAUUGAACCUGAGAAAAAACUUCCUGCAAUAGGUCAAGAAAGCAUUAUAUGUCAGAAAAAUUCUUCUGAGUACCAAGAAACAACAGUUCAAAACCACCCUUCUGAAAUAGGCCAAGAUAUGGCUGAACCUGAAGACCUCUCUCCUAAAUUGUGCCAAGAAAUCGCUGUAAUUCAAGACCAUUCUUCCAAAAUGUGCCAUGAUAUGGCUGAACCUGAAGACCUCUCUCCUAAAUUGUGCCAAGAAAUCGCUGUAAUUCAAGACCAUUCUUCCAAAAUAUGCCAUGAUAUGGCUGAACCUAAAGACCUCUCUCCUAAAAUGUGCCAAGAAACAUCUGUAGUCAAAGCCCUUCCUUCUAAAACAUAUCCUGGCAUGGAAGGAUGCUCUCUUGAAGUAUACCCCAAACCAGAAGUGCCUAAAGGUUACACACUUGAAACAUACCAAAAAAGAGCUGAACCCAAGGAAGACAGUACUGAACCAGGUCAAGGAAUAGCUGGGACUGAAAGCUUUCCUCCUAAAAUACAACAAGAAAUAGCUGAGCCUAAAGACCUUUCUACAAAAGCAUACCAAGAAACAGUUGAACCUGAACACAUUUCUCAUAAAGCAUAUGAAGAAAUUUCUGUGCCCAAAGCCCUCUCUUAUAAGACAAUCCAAGAAACACCUGCUCAUGAGGAAUGUCCAUCUGAAAUAUACAUUUACCAAAAAACACCUGAGCCUGAAGACUGUGCACUUGAUAUAUACCAAGAAAAACAAGGGCCUGAAGACUGUGCACCUGAAAUACAUCAAGAAACACCUGGGCCUGAAGACCUCUCCACUAAGACAUACGAAAGUAAUAAUGUGCCUAUAGAAUGCUUUCCUGAACCAAACCAAGAAGCAGAUGGGCCCCACGGCCAGGAUCCUAAAGCACACCAGGAAGAUGCUAAGGAUGUUUCUACUUUUUCUCGAGAAAUGAAAGAAAAACCCAAAGCACAAGAACCAGAGACACCAGCAAUUCCAAACGUUCCUCAAGAGAUUCAUCCAGAAAAUGAUGUCUAUAGUUAUGUUUUGUUUUAACAGUGCUCAAUCAUAACAAUUGUGCAACAAAAUACACAUCUUAUUCCACGUGA